UAAUCGUUCGCCGAGGUGCUUUCCCAAUGCUAACCACCCACUAGCCAAAGUCAUGGCGCUACUCAAGCAAAGUUGUUACGUAGCGGGUCGUUUCUCCACAAACCAUCUAUGGCUGACUCCCAGAUGUGUCCCACACGUUUACACCAGCUGCUUAUCAACUGCACCCAGAUCCACCCCGGAGGGAGCUGACAGAAAGAGGGAGCUGCUCAGUGACGACGGACCCGACCUGCAAGACUUUAUUUCGGGGGAAUUAUCGGAGAAAAGCAAGUGGGCUGAGUACAAAGGCAGCCUGAAGAGGCAGAAGGGAGAGAGGCUGCGGCUUCCUCCGUGGUUGAAGACUGAGAUCCCCAUUGGAAAGAACUACAACAGGCUGAAGAACACGCUGAGAGAGCUCAACCUUCACACGGUGUGUGAGGAGGCCAGGUGUCCGAACAUCGGGGAAUGUUGGGGAGGAGGAGAGUACGCCACGGCCACGGCCACCAUCAUGCUGAUGGGAGACACGUGCACCCGUGGGUGCAGAUUCUGCUCAGUAAAGACGGCCCGUCAGCCUCCGCCUCUGGACCCCGACGAGCCGUACAACACAGCCAAAGCCAUCGUCGCCUGGGGGCUGGACUACGUGGUCCUCACCUCGGUUGACAGAGACGAUAUUGCUGAUGGCGGAGCGGAGCACUUCGCUAAGACUGUUUCUAACCUGAAGGAAAGAAAUUCUCAGAUCCUGGUUGAAUGUCUGACUCCUGAUUUCCGUGGAGACCUAGCGGCGGUGGAGAAGGUUGCCCUGUCGGGAUUAGAUGUGUAUGCCCACAAUGUGGAAACGGUGCGUGAGCUGCAAAGGCAUGUACGUGACCCCAGAGCAAACUUUGACCAGUCUCUGAGUGUCCUGAAGCACGUGAAAAAGGUCAAACCCACGGUGCUCACUAAGACUUCCAUCAUGCUGGGGCUCGGAGAGACCGACCAGCAGAUCAUCAACACUAUGACAGAGCUGCGAGAGGCAGCAGUGGACUGUCUAACAUUCGGUCAGUACAUGCAGCCAACCAAACGCCACCUGAAGGUGGAGGAAUAUGUCACUCCAGAGAGGUUUUCCCACUGGGAGAAAGUUGGGAAUGAUAUGGGCUUCACCUACACAGCCAGCGGGCCGCUGGUGCGAUCCUCCUACAAAGCAGGAGAGUUCUUUUUAAAGAAUCUACUGAAGAAGAGAAAAGCAGAAGUCACUGCAGAAGAAUGAGAAGCCUGCCGCUUUUCAUCUCAGCCCUACAUGCACAGU